AUGCGCGCCAGCGAUCCGUCGGGCGCCGCGAUGCGCCACGCGCGGUCGCGUGCGCUGAGAUGCGUGUGUAGGCAGGCCCCCGCGAGCGCGCGGGCGCCCCGGGCGCCCCUCCGCGCGCCCCACGGCGGUGCAAGCAUCCCUGGCCAGCCUCGCGGCCAGCGCACGCCGCGCACGGCGCGCGCGCACGCUGCCGCGAUAGACGGGACGGCGGGGCUGCUCGAGCAGGACCCGGAGAUCCGAGGCUACGCGGCCCGCGCCUCGAUUCCUAGCCGGGCGCUCCCACCUCUCCCGCACCCUCCCAAGUCGGCGGAGAUCUACCGCGUCCUGCCGUACCUAGUCAAGAUCGCCACGGACGUCCCAGGCGUCAAGCUCCGCCUCCUGGGCUCCCUGUGCCUCAUGAUGCUGGCCAAGGUCUCCGGGCUGGCUGUGCCCGUGCUUUUCAAGAAGGCGGUCGACAUCCUGUCCGCGAACCCCGCGGGCGCGACCCCCGAGGCCAUCAUCGCGGCGGCGUGCGGCGCGCUCGUCCUCAGCGGCGCCCUCAAGGCCCUGUCGGGCGCCGCGAAGGAGGCACAGGCUGUGCUGUUCACGCCUGUGGCGCAGGCGGCCUCGCGCCGCGUGGCGUUCAACACGUUCCGGCACAUCCUGAACAUGGACGCGCCGUUCCACCUCAACCGCCAGAGCGGCACGCUCAACCGCAUGCUCGAGCGCGGCACGCGGUCGGUGUACAUCAUCUUCCGCGCUGUCGUCUUCACGUUCAUUCCGACGCUCGUGGAACUCGCCAUGGUGUGCGCGCUGCUCUGGCACCAGUUCACGCCCGCGGUCUCCGGCGCCGUGAUGCUCACAUUCCUGGUCUACUGCGGGUUUACCAUCGCGAUGACAAGCGAGGCGGCGCGCGUGCGGAAGAUCGUGAACCGCAUCGAGAACUACACCAACGGCAAGGCCGUCGACGCCCUCCUCAACUUCGAGACCGUCACGCUGUUCAACAACGAGGAGCUCGAGGGGGAGCGGUAUGACUCGCACCUCCGCGCGUACCACAGCGCGAACAUCGAUGCUGAGACCGUGUCGUGCGCGCUGAACGCGGGGCAGGCGAUCAUCCUCGCGGCGGGCAUCACGGGCGUCCUGGUGCUCAUCGCGCAGGGCGGCGUCGGCGCCAUGACGGCCGGUGACAUGGUGAUGGCGAAUGGUUUGAUCUUGCAGCUGUGGGCGCCGCUUGGGUUCCUUGGGUGGUUCUACCGCGAGCUGCGGCAGUCGCUCGUGGACAUGGACAACUUCUUCACGGUCAUGUCGAUGAAGCCGAGCGUCAAGGACGGUUCGCGGGACCUCCCGAACGCCGACGGAGAGGACGCUGCCGCCGGCGGGGCGCGGCCGCGGAAGCUGGCGGGCGUCGUGCCCGGCGACGGCGAAGCCGUGACGUACAACUUUGCGUCCGUGGACGGCGACGAGGAGCCGCUGGCCGCGGCGGCGACCGGCAACGGCGCCAGCAACGGCGCAACGUCCACCGCGAACGGCGCUGGCGAGUCGAACGGGCUGAUCGGCGUGCUCGAGGACGGCGACACCAUCACGUACAGGUUCCAGCACGCCGGCCCGAAGCCGUCCGCGGCGGCGGCGGACCCCUCGGCUUCGUCACCCAUGCCCGCGCUCGCAGCUUCCGCACGGCCCGGCCUGGCGCUGCGCAUGCGCGACGUGAAGUUCGCGUACGUCCCGGAGCGGCAGAUCCUCCGCGGCGUCUCCCUGGACGUCGCGCCGGGGCAGUCGAUCGCGGUCGUGGGCGCGAGCGGCUCCGGCAAGUCUACACUGUUGCGCUUGGUGCUCCGGCUCUGGGACGCGUCGGACGGCGCGAUCGAGCUCGACGGCGUCGAGGUCAAGGACAUCAAGACGUCCUCGCUGCGCAACGCCGUCGCGGUCGUGCCGCAGGACACCGUUCUGUUCAACGACUCGAUUCUGAAUAACAUUCGGUAUGGGAGGCCCAGCGCGACGGACCAGGAGUGCAUCGCGGCGGCCCGGGCGGCGGAGGUGCACGACACGGUCCUGCGCAUGCCGCAGGGGUACGCCACGGUCGUCGGCGAGCGCGGGCUGAAGCUCUCGGGCGGCGAGAAGCAGCGCAUAGCUAUUGCGCGGGCCUUUCUGCGGGAUCCGCGGCUCCUGGUGUGCGACGAGGCGACGUCUGCGCUGGACUCGACGACCGAGGCGUCGAUCAUGGCGAGUCUGACGGCGCUGAGCCGCGGGCGGACGGCGGUCUUCGUGACGCACCGUCUGACCACGACGCGGCACUGCGAUCGGAUCUUCGUCAUGGAGCACGGGAGGGUGGUGGAGUCCGGGACGCACGACGAGCUGAUGGAGAAGGACGGGGUGUACAAGCACAUGUGGGACACGCAGCAGGCCGAGCGGACCCUGAUUGAGCAGAACGCGGACGAGCUGGCCUUUGCACACAACUAG